UCUACAACCGUUGGCUUGGAAUAUUUGCCAACCUUCCCAUUGGUGUGCCCAUGUCUGUUAGCUUCCAAAAAUAUCACCUCGAGCACCAUCGGUUCCAGGGAGUUGAUGGAAUUGAUAUGGAUAUCCCAGCAUUACUGAAGCCCAUGUUGUGAAAAAUGUUGUUGCAAAAUCUAUAUGGGUCAUUCUCCAACUUUUCUUUUAUGCUUUCAGGCCUCUUUUUCUCAAACUAAACCACCUAGCGUGGGGGAGUUCAUUAAUUUCACUGUCCAGCUAUCCCUAGAUGGAGCUAUGGUUUACUUCUGGGGCUGGAAAUCGCUCGCUUAUCUGAUCCUAUCGACCUUUGUUGGGGGUGGGAUGCAUCUAAUGGCUGCUCACUUCAUCUCCGAGCAUUAUGUCUUCAAACCCGAGCAAGAGACAUACUCCUACUACGGGCCACUUAACCUUAUCACUUGGAGUGUAGGAUACCACAACGAGCACCAUGAUUUUCCUAGAAUUCCUGGAAGCAAGCUUUGCAAUGUGAAGGAGAUUGCACCGGAAUAUUAUGAAAACUUGGACUCAUAUAAGUCGUGGAGCCAAGUCAUCUACAUGUACAUAAUGGAUCCAACAGUUGGACCUUUCAGCAGAAUGAAGAGAAAGUUGGUGCAGCGAUCAUAGUCCGAUCUCUUCAUUGCUGAUUCUUUCAGUAUUACUAUGUGAUGUUUCUUAUUCCAUUCCCUCUUGUCUUCUUUGUAACAAUGUAAUAGAGAGUUCCGGCUUCAUGUGCAAUAGAGUUGAUGUAGCAGUGACUGAAGUUCAUCUA